AUCAGUCGUAUAGACAAAGAAAGAGAGAGAGAAAACGAAACCUACAAAAACCCUAAACCCUAAUUCUCUCUUUGCCGCCGGAAUUCCUUUGUUCUUAAAAUCCAUCAAGCUGUAAUGGGUGCAAGUAAGAAAAAGGGCGGUGCUAAGUCACAAAAAUCUGCACCUACAAAGAAACAGAAGAAUGAGCUUUUUGUUGUUAAAGACGCAAUUGCAAAGGAAGAUGACCUUUCAGACCAUUCUGAUAGUCUGAAUGAAGAAGUAUUGGAACGUGCAAGUAAGAAAAAGGGUGGUGCUAAGUCACAAAAAUCUCAACCUAAAAAGAAACAGAAGAAUGAGAUUUUUGUUGUUAAAGAUGCAAUUGCAAAGGAAGAUGACCUUUCAGACCAUUCUGAUAGUAUGAGUGAAGAAGAAUUAUCGGAACAUGAGGGGUUUGAUGGAGAUGAGCAAGAUUUUGGUUCUGGUUCGGACAUUUUUUCCGAUGGGGAUGAUCCAUUAGCUAAUGAUUUCCUCCAAGGAAGUGAUGACGAAGAGGAAGGGUCGGGCUCAGAUUUGGAUUCAGAUGCAGAUUCAGAUUCAGAAGAAUCUGAUAUUGAAAAGAAGUCAAGAGCUAUUGAUGCAGAAAAGGCGAGGGAAGAAGAAGAAGCUGAUGAGGAAAUGCAGCUCAACAUUAAAGAGGAAUCUGACGAAUUCAGACUGCCUACUAAGGAGGAACUUGAAGAGGAGGCACAUCAGCCCCCUGAUCUUUCAAAUCUCCAAAGAAGGAUAAGAGAGAUCAUUCGAGUACUUUCAAAUUUUAAGGCUUUGAGGCAAGAGGGGACAGCAAGGAAGGAUUACGUCGAGCAGCUUAAGAAAGAUUUAAGUUCAUACUAUGGCUACAAUGACUUUCUAAUUGGGGCCUUAGUGGAGAUGUUCCCAGUUGUUGAACUUCUGGAACUUAUUGAAGCGUUUGAGAAGCCACGGCCCAUAUGUCUGCGAACUAACACUUUGAAGACACGGAGGCGAGAUUUGGCAGAUAUUCUGAUAAACAGAGGAGUAAACCUGGAUCCCUUAAGCAAGUGGUCAAAAGUUGGACUGGUUGUAUAUGAUUCGCAAGUGCCCAUUGGUGCAACUCCUGAAUAUAUGGCUGGUUUCUACAUGCUCCAAAGUGCAAGCUCCUUUUUACCUGUCAUGGCUCUUGCUCCUCAAGAGAAAGAACGGAUCGUAGAUGUAGCGGCUGCACCUGGUGGCAAAACAACUUACAUUGCUGCUCUUAUGAAAAAUAGUGGAAUCAUUUUUGCAAACGAGAUGAAGGCACCAAGGCUUAAGUCACUCACUGCAAAUCUGCAUCGUAUGGGAGUGACGAACACUGUAGUUUGCAACUAUGAUGGGAGGGAGCUCCCCAAGGUUUUUCGUACCUCUGCUGAUAGAGUAUUGUUGGAUGCCCCUUGCAGUGGGACUGGGGUUAUAUCUAAAGAUGAGUCUGUUAAAAACACUAAAAGCCUUGAUGAAAUACAGAAAUGUGCCCAUUUGCAGAAGCAACUGAUACUUGCCGCAAUUGACAUGGUCGAUGCCAAUUCGAAAUCUGGGGGUUACCUUGUUUACUCCACCUGCUCCAUAAUGGUUGCUGAGGUUUGUCUCUUAAGAACACCAUUGUUAUUUCCUUUUCAGCUUAUCCUUGCCCCCUCCCCCUUUCCCCUCUUUCCCAUCCUAAAGUUACAUCUCUUGCAGAAUGAAGCAGUUAUAGACUAUGCACUCAAGAAGAGGAAUGUUAAACUGGUAUCUUGUGGGCUUGACUUUGGGCGUCCAGGGUUUAUCCGGUUUAGGGAACAACGCUUUCACCCAUCCUUGGAAAAGACAAGGCGCUUCUAUCCUCACGUUCACAAUAUGGAUGGUUUUUUUGUGGCAAAGCUGAAAAAGAUGAGCAAUUCAAAGCCAGCCCCAGAAACUUCUGAACCAACAGAAACAGUGGAGCAAGGUUCAAUGAUAAAUGAGAGUGGCAGCGGAGAGAAUGCUGAGGAAUCGAUGGAUGGCACUACAACAGAAAAUAAGGUUUUGAAAAACGGUUUUAUUAAAAAUGGCAAAAAAGAAACGCCAGCCUCUUCCCAAAACAGGAAGAAAAGGAAAUUCCCAUCUAGAGAGGUGAUCUCAAAAGAAAGGGAAGAGAAGAGAAGAGCAUUGAGGGAACAAAAGGUUGUCAGGAAGAGGAGUUGAGAGUGGAGAGUGUGACCAAUGGCAACACAUGAAUCAUGGUCACUAAUAGCUUUUGGAACAAUCACCUGCAAUACUUAAUUCAUAGUGGGAGUCUUCACCAAUGAAGCAGGCUGGGGUUUGCAAUGUGAUCACAGCAGAAUGAAGGAAUGGUUCUGGGCCAUGUACUUCAGCCUUUUUGUGCUGGUAUCUCUAGCUUUAUAUAUAAUAUCAAAAUUUUGAUUAUGUAAACAUCAGUGGAGGGGUGGACUUGAAAUUGCUCACAUUUCUUGGGCGGUACAAGUCCAAGAAGUUUUGUUUCUCUUUUGUUUGUCAAAGAAUCAAUUCUGAUAUUUACUAAUAUUAUUAGUAUGUUUUUGUGGAGGCAUUUCCUUUCUGUGUUU